AAACAGGGAAGACAUACAGGUGAUGUGCUUUGUCUUAUUCCUUGCCAUCUACGUGGUUACCUUCAUAGGAAACCUGCAAUUAAUUGCAUUAAUCAGAAUGGAUUCCUGCCUACACACCCCCAUGUACUUUUUCCUAAGCCACUUGUCUCUCCUGGAUGUCUGCUACUCCUCUACCAUCAUCCCUCAAGCCUUGCUCGAUGUUCUAGUGGAGAAGAAGGUGAUUUCCUUCAUUAGAUGUGCCACUCAGCUCUUCUGCUUUGCAACCUGUGCCACCACCAAGUGCUACGUGCUGGCUGCUAUGGCUUACGAUCGCUACAUGGCCAUUUGUAACCCCCUUCUCUACUCCAUGGUCAUGUCCCAAAGUCUUUGCAUAGGGAUGUUGGCUGGUGCCUACUUAGCUGGCCUGAUCAGCUCUACCAUACACACGGUUUCCAUAUCUCAUCUCCCAUUCUGUUGGUCCAAGAUGAUCAAUCACUUCUUCUGUGAUGGACCACCACUGCUAGCCCUCUCCUGCUCUGACACCCCUUCCAUCGAGGUGAUGGUUGCUGCCGUGGUGGGGUUCAAGGUACUGAGCACCACGGUCUUCAUCCUCAUCUCCUACUUUUUGGUCCUUUCCAUUGUCAUGCGGAUGUAGUCUGUGGUUGGUCAACGCAAAGCUUUCUUCACCUG